AUGAAAUUAGGCCAUGAUGAUGGAGCAGGGACUACAACAGGAUGUGGGACAUCAAAGCGAUCUUUGGAAAAAGGCAGUGGAGUGGAACAGACAGAAGAAGAGUUGCGAUCCUCAUCCGAUUCAGGUUCUUAUGUUGACCCCAGCUGUUUGCUCGCUUUACAUAUCACCACAGCAGGAAAGCAGGGCGAGGACCUUGGGUCGGAUGAGCUGCCGAUUGUCAUGAUCUCGGCAAAGAUAAUCGACUUUUAUAACCCUGAACUAGAGGAUUUGGAGUUUCAGACCUAUAUCCGACCAGUUCAUUACGAGGUAAACUGGAAUGCUCUAUCUGGCAUGGACUCCAAUGAACCUCUGAAAGCUGAUCAGGAGGAGUAUAACAAUUUGGAUAUUGAAUGGAACACAGUCUCGAAAGAAGGGUCGCUAACCUUGACGGACGGCGCAGCAGUUCUAUCGUGUUUGCAUCUGAGUCAUGAGUGCAUCACGGCGACGGGACUGACGGAUGAAUUUUUGGUCGAUGGUAAGAGCCUGAGUGACGGACUAUGGGAACUACAUUCUUGGCUCCAAGAUCAUGGAUUGAUUUUCUCGGAAGCCACUUACAAGCGGCGAGAAGGUGGGCACAUUCAACCUACACAAAGCAAGCCGUCUGAACAGGCCAACGAAGUCGUUGAAAGUAAUAUAAAACAUGCAAAGAUGCAAGCGGCAUAUAAGGAAGAUGCGACCGCGACGACAAAGACGCGAAGCUUUCUUAUUCUCACAGAUGGACCACUGGGAUUACGUCUGGUGCUGCAUCCGGAAAUCACAAAAAGAUCAAUUUGUCUCAAGGAUUUUCCCUACUUAUACCAUUAUAUCGACAUGCGGAAAUCGGUCAAAAACUACUGUCACAUGGAUGCAUUUCCCGGAUGUUUGGACGAAAUGAUUACAUAUGUGGGUAUUAGUUUGGGUACACUACAGUCCAGUUCAACUCCACCCAUUCAAGACACAUUGGAUAGAAUCUCUUUCGUCCCCUCAAACGGUCAAAAUACUGCGUGGGUCGAGGAGGGGAUGGAGUGUUCCAGUGGGGAGGCAGAUGUACCGCACGAUAAUCAUCCAGCGGAAACGGCUAGUGACUCGAAUGUCGUCGAUGUCCCUGCGGACUACAACCAAUUCAUUGACGCCCGCCCAGGUAACGAAUCCUCGUCGUUCAGCGCCGUACAACUUGGGCAACCACAAAUGGAACACUGUAGGAUUUUGGGCAAACUGGCUUUACACAUGCAUGCUCAUGGUACACGAAAAUCCGAGGUAGUUGAUGACGGUCACGUGAUUCGGGCCCGCGGACUACCUUGGCAAGCAACCGAUUUGGAUAUAUUCCAUUUCUUCAGCGGCUUGAAUAUAUCAGAUGGAGGAAUUUCUUUGGUACUAAGCAAAAUUGGUCGACGAAACGGAGAGGCAUUAAUUCGCUUUACGGAUCAAGAGCAGCGCGACUUGGCCUUGCGAAAACACAAGCACCAUAUGGGUCAACGGUAUGUUGAAGUCUACGCGGCCCAAGGCAAAGAGUUCGUCGCGUUUGCUGGAGCGGAGACAACUGAGGCGGAAGAGUUCCUGAAAAAGUUUACAAGCCCUCAUCAAGCACUCAUUCGGAUGCGGGGAUUGCCGUAUGCCACUACUGUGCAACAGGUUUUGGAAUUCUUUAGCAACACCGAUUGUGCGGUACAGUUUGGAGAAGAAGGUGUCCUCUUCGUCAAUCGACGGAACGGCCGAGCGACCGGGGAUGCGUUUGUGAUAUUUGAGAGUCAGGCGAUCGGCGAGAAGGCAUUGCGAAAUCAUUGGCAGCAUAUUGGAAAUCGUUACAUUGAACUCUUUAAAUCGACACCGGCGGAAGUGAAUCAGGUCAUGAAUGCCGUCCUGAAUCCGCCAUUGGCCUUGCCAAGAAGUUGGAAUAAAAUCACUGUCGACGUGAAAUCUGCGUUGACUGCAGCUGCUCUCGCGGCAGGUGCAUUGCCUGGUGUCGUGGGUUCUCCAAAUUCGACUGAAAGCUGUUUACCAGGUGACCCUACGAUUGCUUCAUUGACUCAGCUGAAUUUCACAGCACAGCAACCACUGAAUCUUGGAUACCAACUGCUUGGUUCGCAAGGCUUUUCCGGAUCAUAUGGUCCCUAUUCCCAACCGAACGGGCUAUUUUUGUCGCCUAUCCCUUAUCAGCCUAUUCCUAUACCACCCUUAGACCCGAUUUUAUACAAUAUGGAGCUGUUUACUCCAUUUGGGAACAUGACGGUGAACCAAACUCUGAUUCCUGGCUCACAGGUGAGCGCGGACCAACUGACCACAAAAUUAUCGAGCAUUACCGGCGGCAUGAACUUUACUUUUGGCUGUCCUUCUCUGGCGAAUGUUGUAUCCGGUACUAUCAACAUACCACAACAGCCCUCUGUAUUAAACUACAACAAUUUGCCUCAGUCCGAACUGUCUACUCUUGGCAUGUCGAUUGAGCAGCUGGCUCGGUGCUUUGUGCGAAUCCGAGGCAUGCCGGUGGAUGCGGACAUAAUCGAUAUCCUGACAUUUCUCGAGGACAGUUGGCGACAUGUGGCACUUCAUGGUGUGCAUCAGGUAUACAAUUCAGCGGGUCAACCAACCGGAGAAGCCAUAAUCCAGUUCGUUUCGGAAGUCGUCGCGCGCUGGGUUGCGGAUCAAAAGAAUAACCAACCGUUUAUCAAGCGUGGCGUACCGCUAUGCACCAGCACCAAUGUAGAAGUCAGCCAGUGUACCUCUGAGCAUCUGAAACAAUUAAUCGCCACGGUCGUCAACAUGGUGCAAGCAGGAGGCGGUAGCGAAGCCCUCGGACCGUUGCGAACUGCUGCUGUACCAAAUUGCUUAACAGGACUGGUUCCCAAAACCAACUGGCCACAGUUCUCCUCACCGAGUAAUAUUUUUCCGGGCGCUCAAAGUUGGAUGAAUCUUUCGGCAAUGAGUCCAGUUAUCUUGCCCAAAGAUCUUAGAGCAGCUGGAUCAGCACACCAUGUUUUGGGAACUGUCCCCAACCAGACGAUGGAUAUGCCGUUGGCAACCGCCAGUCGGCGGAUACUGGAUCAUGACUGGCUGUUGGGUCCAGAGCCUGACUUCCUGCUGGGCCGGCAAGCGGCCGUCUUCCGGCUAAUCGCGUGCGGGACAGAAUUCUCGGCCGUAGCAGCGCCUUACUGUAAGCGAUAA